AUGGAGUGUGAUAUUUUAGACUCAUUGGAGCAACUCGGCUAUGACGGUCCCCUGACGGAGGAGGCGGCGUUGCUUCAAGCCGCGAAGAGUGGCCUGUCGUCUGCUGAGUAUGUGGACCUGUGCCGAUGGUUGGUGUCCCGUUUGAAGCCACUAUGUAACUUGGAGGAGAGCAUCACUUCUGGUCCAGAGGACUUGGACAGCCUGGAGGUGGACAUGAGGGGCUUGCUGAAGGAGCUUUGCUGCCCGUAUGAAUUGUCAGCCAUACUAAAGGGAAACUCUAAAGACCAUCUCAAGGUUGUCCUGUUUUUAAGCUCCGAGCUUCAGGCGGCGCAGAUUGCCGUCAGCAGACGAGGCGGCGUUCAGGGAAAAAGCGCGGGCUCGGCAUCGCUGGAGCUACGGGAAAUCUGCAGCACCUUGAACAUUUCACUGUGCAAGGGCCAGGAUGGUUUGGAUGUCCUGUCUAGCAUUCAAAACAAGGUGGAUACACUUGUUGGCAAGUGCCCAAAUGGCAUCGUGGGAAAACCCGCGUUGAAGAAAGGCCUCAGCAAAGAACACUGGGAGAAGCUCCACAGCAUGAACGCAGUCAUGUCGACAGAGUACGAAUGUCGGCGCAGGAUGCUCAUCAAGCGCCUGGACGUCACCAUUCAGUCGUUCGGGUGGUCAGACAGGGCCAAGGCCAAGGUUGACAGCAUGGCCCAAGCGUACCAGCCCAAGAGACACGCACUGAGGGCCGAAGUUUCAGUGGACACCGCCGCCCUGCUGGCCGCCAGAGAGGACAUAUGCAACGUGGUCAAGACCAGCAGCGGCGCCAGCAGGCAGAACACCACCUGUGCCAUCAACAAGAUCCAAAUGGGAAGAGUUCCGGACCGAGGUGGACGCCCCUCAGAGAUAGAACCCCCGCUGCCUGAGAUGCCCACUUGGCAGGCAAGGCAAGACAGAGGUGGAUGGGGUGGAGGAGGAAGAGGUUGGGUUGGAGGAGGUGGUAGUGGAUGGGGAGGAGGAGGAGGUAGGCACGGUGGACAUGGCGGCAAGCGAAGACGGUACCAGUAUUGAUUUAAUGUGCUGUUAUUCUUUUUAAUGACUCAUCAAAACAUUUAAAUAAAUUGAACAGGACCCCAGUCUGUCGUGGAUUAUGAACUUGCUGACACUUUUGUAACAGUAGACAUCAACCUCAGUAACCUCACAACGUAGUCUCUCAUGGAAUAGUAUCAUUAUUUGACACCAUGUCAUUUUUGCAUCAUAGAUUUUAUACAGUUUGUACAGUAAACACACAACACUCACAUUGUGUACAUUAUCAACAAAUACAUGGACAGACAGAUACCAAAAUAAAUGUGUUUUCCACUAA